AUGGAGACGCAGAAACAUGAGGAGGAGGAGGAGGAGGAGGAGAAGAGCCAUGUAGGGUCUGAGAGGCUGAGACUGCAGCAGGAACAGGAGGCACCUGCACAGAGUCAUGAGACAGCUCGCCAGGGGCCCCGACGGAGACUUAUGGGUGCUGUCACUGGUCCAGGGCCGUGUCCUUACUGUCACACAGCAUGA